AUGCGCCGGCGCGCGCCGCCGGCGGACGAGCACAGCGAGCUGUCGUCGGCCGUGCUGCGCCUGACGACGCAGUGGGAGCUGAAGCAGCAGCGCAAGGAGGCGGCGCUGCAGGCGACGCUCGACGAGGCGCGCGAGGACGCCGAGGAGCUCCGCGAGGAGCUCGAGGAGCUCAGGCAGUCCCUGGCGGCGGCGCGGCGCGAGGCCGGCGACGCCGCGGCGUCGGCCGCGCGCGCGGACGCCGAGGCCGCGGACGCGAAGCGUGAGCUCCGCGACGAGCGGUGCCGGUCGCUCGGCGCGCUCUUCCUCAUCGCGGACCUCGCCGCGCCGCCGCCGGCCGUUUCCGCCGAAGCGCCGGCCGCCGCCGCCGCCGCGUCCGACGACGACGACGACUACGACGACGACGACCGGCCGCCGCCGGCCGACGACGGCUCCGAGAGCGACCGGUCCGCGGCGUCGAGCGACGAGCCGGCGCCCGCCGCCGGCGCGCCGUCCGAGGCCGCGCGCGCCGCGGCGUCGCGUUCGCGGGCCCACGCCGCGGCGCUCGGCGUCGCGGGGCGGCUCGGCGCGCCGAGCCCCGGCUGCUACGCUUUGGCCGCGCGCGAGGGCCGGGCCAAGCUCCCGCAGCACGCCGGCGCGCGCGAGCUGCUCCUCGAGUGCGGCGAGUGCGUUUUGAGUUUAGCGCUCGCCGAGGCCUGCGUCCGGGGCCACGCGCGGACCGCGGCGGCGCUGUUGGAGGCCGGCGCGGUCGCGGAGCGCGCGUGCGCGCCGCGCGACGGCGCCGCGGCCUGGCCCUGCGUCGGCGGCGACGACGCCGAGGCCCCGGGCGCGCCGGCGCUCCACCGGGCCAUCGCCGCGGGCCACGACGACGUCGCGAAGCUGCUCAUCCGAUCCGGCGCGAACGCGAACGCCGCCGCGGCCGCGCUCGGCGGGUCGACGCCCCUGCACACGGCGGCGCUGCACAACCGCGCGGAGCUCGCGCGCUUCCUCGUGGCCAAGUGCAACGCGCGGCUCGACGCCGUCGACGACGGCGGCAAGACCGCGGCCGCGCGCGCCGCGGAGAUGCGGUGGUCGCGGACGGAGCGGGUGCUCAAGGACCCGAGCUUGCUCUUCUGGGCCCGGGCGACGCGGGCGAACCGCCUCUGCAAGGAGGGCGAGCACGCGCUGGCCUUGGAGUCCUACGCGCAGGCGCUCGCGGAAUUGGAGCGCGUCGACGCGGAGCGGCGGCCGUCGCCGGCGAACGUGAUGACGCUCCACCACAACCGGGGCAAGUCGCUCAUGGCGUUGGGCAAGCACCUCAAGGCGCGCGAGGCGCUGUCCGCCGCCGUCGCCAUCGCGGGCGCGCCCGCGGACUACCCGGCGGCCGCGGACAAGCGCGCCGAGUGCGACGCCGCGCUCCUCGAGCACGACAAAGCCGCGGCGGCCUGGGAGGGCCUCGCGGCGUCCUUCGCCGGCGAGACGGGCGACGACGCCGCGGCGACAAAGGCCAAGGUCGACGCCUGGGUCUGCAAGGCCGCGCGCGAGCGCGAGAAGCUCCGGUUCAAGCCGCACGAGGUCCUGGGCCUCGAGAGCCCGCGGCCGUCCGAGGACGAGGUCAAGAGGGCCUACCGCAAGAUGUCCAUCAAGUGGCACCCGGACCGCCACGCCGCCGCGUCCGACGAGCACAAGCACCGCGCGCACCUCCAGUUCCAGCGCAUCUCCGCGGCGAACGACGCGCUCGAGAAGCGCGCGGCGGACCCCUACCGCCCCUACGACUGGGCGCCCCACCGCGACGACGACGACGACGACGACGACGACGACGACGGCCACAGCGACGACGACGACGACGACGACGACGACGACGCCGAGUUCGACCGCGCGCGCCGCGCGUGGGGCUCCUCCCGGGACCAGUCCGACUCGUGGUCCGAGUACUUCCGCCAGAAGCGCGCCUAG